GCAGGUCGGGCUACUACCGCGUCAGAACACUUGCUGCUGAACGUGCUUGUGACUGGGAUAUGCAUAUUUCGUGCAGGGCAGCAUCCCGUGUGCAGGAGACCGUCUAGACUCCAACCAGCUGAGCGUUGUUAUAUACUAUUUUACGGGACAGCUGAGUGAGAGAACGACCGUUUCGCAGGAGAGUGUUCGUUAAGUAACUUCACAGUAAACUGAGGAUCCAAGUGAACAACUUUGGAGGGUGUAACUAUAAAUUUAUGCAUUAUGAACCACCCUAGCGUGCGUACAUCGGACAGCAUCCAGUAGUAUCUAACACUGAUUUCGGUUGUAAUCACGGAGAGCAUGAAACUGUUAUCAACCGGAGCAUAACGAUGGCAGAAGUGGCAAAGUUGGGACGGUUUUCCGUGAUUCCGAUAUUCAAUAUCGUCCGGUGGGUUGCGUCGGUGGAGUGAAAAAAGGAUAUUUAAUCCUUUCGACCGGUUGUUGUCUGACCCAGCGGGAGGUCCAUCUGCAUGAAAAUUGGAUCCUCCCCCCGUUUGGACGAGGAUAACGAUGAAUUGAACGACGAGGGAUUGCAAUCACUGGAUACACAGUUUAUAAACGGGCUGUGAUGAAGUUACAUCAUGUGGAUAAUGAGUGUUAGCAAGCGAAAAACGAGGAUGAGUCAUGGACUGUGAAAAGAGCCAUUACCUAAGGGUGUGCGCUUAGUGGCUGCUAGUGAUAUAUCGCAUCAGAAGUGUCGUGUAGCUAGCGAGAUCUGUUCCUAUUCUGCUUUUAGUGACCGUGAAUAAUUUGCUGUGCGUUGUGAGGAAAGUUUGAGACAGGAUUUAUGUGGUGGGGUGUGAUAGUGAUUCAAUUAGCUAGAAUGCACGGAUCAGAUUGAAACCGGCAAUAAAUGGGAUAUAAAAGCUUUGACGUGCUUAUACGGUAAUAUAAAGUAACUUACUUUUCUCAAGCGAAAUAAAGGAUACGACCAUCAGAAAAAUGCCAAUGAGCGAUUAUGUGAUAAUCAAGACCAAGUCGUACAUCAUCAGAAUGAACCGGGAGGAAAAUCUUUGCUGGUUCCAUGGGAAGAUUUCACGCGAACGAGCGGAGGAAAUACUCAGACAAGAGGGCGGCAAUGGCGUUUUCAUGGUACGAGAGAGCACCUCUUCGGAGGGUGAUUUCGUCCUGUCGGUGCUGUUCCAGGACGAGGUGGUCCACUAUCAAAUUCGAAGGCACGGCGACGAUGCCUUCUUUUCGAUCGACGAUCACAUGCCGAUCCAUGGGUUGGAUUCGCUGAUCGAACACUACCGGGAGUCUUCCAACGGGUUGGUGACCCGGCUGCAAACGGUUUGUCAAAGUGGACCACCGCCGCACGAUGUCAGGAGCCACGGGAAGGAAAAUCUGCUCCACCGGGCAACGGAGAACAGCAACUACACGGUGGUGUCCGAAAUGAUCAAAUGUGGCUAUAAGAACAUCGAUUCGAAAAACGAGCAUGGACAAACGGCCGUUCACUUGGCGUGUUUGUACGCUGAGGCAAAUAUUCUGGAGAAACUGAUCGAAGGAGGAGCCAACAUCAACAAUAGGGAUACACAAGGCAAUACACCGUUACAUUACGCCUGUCGUAAAUCAAACGGCUUGGAGAUGGUACGUCUUCUUAUCGCUGCUGGAACCAACGUGCAAGCACGUAACAAGGAAACCGGAUGGGUGCCCCUACACGAGGCAGCUGCUAACGGCAACCUGGACACCGUUCAAGAACUACUAGCAUUACCUGUACCCCAUAUGCCCCGAACCAGUUACGGUGAACUACCGGUGGAUUUGGCUCAGGAGAAAGGCCACUCGGCGGUAGUAGAUUUCCUGACGAACUAUGUACCUCCACCAGCGAACACUCACAAAGGACAGUGGUAUCAUGGAACGCUAGAAAGGCAAAUAGCUGUGGAAAGCCUGAAAGACCAUGCGUCAAAGCUAAUGCCUUCGUCUCCAGGAAAAGAGAACAAGGAGAAUGAUCCACGAACUGACGAAGGCGAACACCCCGAUGCUUCCGGAGUUUAUCUGGUCCGAUAUUCCACCAAGCACGGCGUAGAUGUGCUGACACUACUCUAUGAAAACGAAGCAAAGCAUUUCAUAAUCCAAAGGAAACAAAAUUACCUCUAUAUCGAUGAUGGACCAUACAUGACUUCGUUGGAACAUCUGAUAGAACACUACACAAGGUUCUCAGAUGGACUUCAAACCAACCUUAGGCACCCGGUGCCUCCGAAACCAAAACCGCCCAUUCCUUUGUUUUCCACGAUACCGAAAACGAAACACAAAGUAGCCACUAGUCCCGGAACAAGUUCACCCCCGGGUCCUGUGCCCACUCCUAGCAGCAAUGGAACUACAUCAUACUUCCGUAAAUCCAGCGACAACAGUUUGCAAAAGCCACCGCAUCCAUCCGCCCCAGCAAGGAACCUGUCGGUGCCAAACGAUAGCAUACUCCAGCAAAUGAACAAGGUUGGCCUGUUUGACCGAAGUCCCGAAAGAUCUUCCACACCCAAGUCUUCGCCUAACAUUGACGAAAACAAAUCCAAGCCUAAUAGUUCGACUCUCAAGAAGAAGAAAAAUAUCAUCAUCGAUGGUAUGAAAAGCCUUCGGAAGAGUAAGGUCAAGCAAAAGCUCCCGGUUGAACCGGAUACCCAACUGAACCGAGAUAGCUUGAUAGAGCAAAUCGCGUCGGACAAAGUUCUGCAACAGUUGUCGUUUUCGUCGAAUUUCUCACUAUCGACCACUCAACUGGAACAGUCCGACGCAGUAUAUCAAUCCCCGCCCAACAAUUGUGCCAUCGUGGACAUCGACUUCGGUGAGCCACUUCCCGUUCCGUCCAGCCGAUCCAUCGACAGUAUCAAUAAUAAUAGCGCAACGCCUCACGCCAGGAGUCCUCCUCCGCAUAGCACUCUCGACAGGCGUACGUCUUCAGAAUCAAAUGUGACUGAAUCGCAUCCUCCAGAGGACUAUUUUGUCGAAAGUGAUAAGAACAUCUACGGGGAAAGUCAGCUGGACAACAAUAAUGAAGACAUUUACUUCAUCGAUGCACCGCCAUCGACGCCGGCUCCCAAUCCACCUCAGCAGGUACCUCCGGUGGACAACAACAAUUUACCACCGAAACCCUCAACGACGACCAACUACAUCGCCACUCGCAACGUUCCGGUAUUUCUGAAUAGCAUUUCCACGGAAUGCACAUCGCCAACCAGUCCACCGCCAGCACUUCUGCAUGCCUUCCGCCCUGGUGGUCCUUUCGAGCGACUGGAUUCCAAUACCUCAACCGUCAGUCGCGACAGCAUUCAAAGUGGUGAUUCGGAAUUCCUCUCCAUCAUCCAGCAGCAACAGGACGAAGAUGAACGACAGCACAUGCGACUGUUUCGCACUACGUCCAAUCGGCCAAACUAUUUCAUUCCCAAGGAGUGCAUUCUCACGCAGAAGGUGCUCGGGCGGGGUGAGUUCGGGUACGUUUACCAAGGCUUAUUGAGACCGUGCCAACUGGAUCCCAGCUCGGAUCAAAUGGUGUCCGGUAGUCAAGAGCCUUCAGAAUGUACGCCGAUUGCCAUCAAACAGCUUGUGGAAAGCACCGGCAAGCGGAAUCGGGUGGACUUUCUACGGGAGGCUAGCGUUAUGAUUCGACUGAGACAUCACUGCAUCGUGAAGCUGAUUGGCAUUUGCAAGGGUCCGCCGCUGAUGAUGGUCGAGGAGCUAGUGCCGCUCGGGUCCAUGCUGGAUUAUAUAAUUGCCAACAAGGGUACGAUCAAUCCGAAGCUCGAACUGGUCAUCUGGGCGGCACAGAUUGCGUGUGGGAUGCAGUAUCUCGAACAGCACCACUUCGUUCACCGUGAUUUGGCUGCUAGAAACAUUCUACUUGCGUCACGAAAUCAAGCCAAGAUCUCCGAUUUUGGACUGUCACGCGCCAUCGGAGCCGGAGAUGACUACUAUCGUGCAAGCCAGGGAGGAAAGUGGCCAAUCAAAUGGUACGCACCGGAAAGCUUCAACUACGGAACGUUUUCUCACGCGAGCGACGUCUGGUCCUUUGGAGUUACGAUGUGGGAAAUGUACUCGCUCGGUGCACCCCCGUACCAGGACAUGAAGGGUGUGGACGUCAUCAAACUGAUCGAAAACGGUCAACGGCUCUCUCAACCGGAUCUCUGCCCGGAGAAUGUGUUCGACGUGAUGAAAAAUUGCUGGAACUACAAUCCGAAAAGUAGACCGACGUUCAAAUUUUUAACCCGCUUCUUCACUGACGAUAUCAAAUACCAGAACCUGCAGGAGUUGGUUCAAAGUGGAAAGGAAAUCAAUCCCAGCCACUAGUUGCCGGCGUACGCGUGCUCUGUGAGCGUAUUUCUGUCAUUUUUAGCAUAGCAAGUUAUCAAGUAUUAAAGAAACGCAUGCAUAUUUUAAUGUACGUACUGAUGUCCUCGAACAUAUUACAAGUAACUGUUGAUCCUUGACCAAGACAGAAACCCUAGCUCUAUAUUUGUCAAUUGUUUCCAGAAUACGUUGAAUACGUGAAUCAAUUCAUUACUUCCUCCGUUUGCUCAUCCAACCAGCCCAAACGACUUUAUCAAUACUAACACCAUUCCUAGUUGUACAACUCCUAGCAUAAUAUUAAUGCCUGCGCAAUCAAAAGUUUGUUCUAUGUCAUGAUUGAAGUGUUUAGGUUUAACCAACAAGCAUUUUAUUUAUUCAUUUUUAAUCUAAACUUUGUUUCCUAUCUUUACGUGCCUUCUUUACAUUGAGUGUGUCAUGAGGUUGAAACCCAUAUGUUUCAAACGUUUUUAAAUUGAGAUUUCCCUGAAAGUGCUAUAUAGACUAAGAUGUGUAGCAGGAAGGCUCUUGAGAAACCAGAAGGAUUUCCGUUAUAAAGGGGAAAAAGAUUUGGAGUAAUUUAGAAGAAAGCAAUGUAUUGUAACUAUUCAUAUAAAAUAACAAACAGGAGAAUAUGUA